UUUAUUACUUAAUUUGUAUAUUUUGACAUUUGGGUUUGAAGGAAAAUAAUCCUGACCUAAAAAUGAUUAUUAGAUAUGACUUUAUGGAACUCUACUUUUGAAUAAUCUCAAGAAUGGCUCUUUCCUCAGUUUUUAAUAGAAGUGUUCGUCAAUGCACCAGGCUUAUUUGCACCUCCCCUAUCAGUAAAGUCCAGAAGAAUGAACCCAACAAAGCUCUCACUGCUGAGUUUAAUUCCAUAGACGAUUUCACUACUCAGUUAAUACAAAGUAAAGUGAAUAAAUGGACUGCUCAAAACCCCAUUCAGCCUGCAGCUAAAAAAGUAUUUAUAGGUCAAAGUGCCUGUGAGAAUGAGUUGGAAGACAUAGCUUCCUUGAACAAAGAAGAAUUAAACCAACUUUUUCAAAACACUGCAGAUUCUUUUGAUAAUGAAAAAUUACUUAGGUUAAUGAAACAGUGUAUCAAAUUGAAACGAUGUCCCUCUUUGCAUCAUAUUUUUUACACGUUGAGUGUGAGUUCUAAAAUUGGUGACAAAUCAACUAUAGAAGAUAUUAGACAAUUGUGUGAGUAUAUCUGCCCAGAAGUUUUGAGAACGAAUGCUAAUUUUCAGCAUUAUGUUGCUGAAGCCGUUUGGAUAAAAGGCAAUAUAAAUGAGUCUUUGAGAAUAUUUAGAAAUAUUUACUCAAAUACAACUCAUUUGCGACGUAAUAUAAGAGAAAUGUUGAAGUUUUUGAUACUGAAUACAGUUUCAAGGAGGAGCGAAGUUGCGCUAGUGAGUAUAAUCAAAUUUUCAGAAGAUUUAAAAAAUGAAUAUGCAGAUUUCUUUCCCUUAACAUAUGUGUGGCAGACAUGUUUUCUGAGCGAAUGGUUCUCAGACCAAUGUAUAGCUUUUGAUUUGCUGACUAAACAUGAUGGACUUUGUGGAGCUGUGACAAGUAGAAUUCCUUAUGUGGUUGCUGUUUCCUUAAAGAAUCAUAAUACAGAACUAGUUCACAGAUUGUUUGAAGUUUUACUUCAUUUUGAUAUGAAGUCGCAGUAUGAAGGAGUACUUCUAGCAUUAUUAGAUUAUCAAAUACGCCAAGGAAAUACUCAACGAUGUUUGGAAAUUGUUCAGUGGUCAUUACAAAAUGAUGUGCAGUUACCGCCAGUUUAUCACAAAAACUUUGUCAGUCUCCUACUAGGUUCUGGGCCAGAUUUUUACUUGAAAUCUACAAAAAAUAUGCCAAAAAUAGAAACACAUUUCAAGUUUUAGUUAUAUUUUUUAGAAUUAUCAUAGGCAUAAAAAUAAUUUAUUGUAAAAAUAAAUAUCACAAGUGUACAGUUUCAAUGAUGUUGUCAUCAUAA